UUCUUACAAUUUGCUCCUUUACAUGGAUAUAAAGAAAAACUUGUUUGUAUACAUUUCUGAUUUGUACAAACUUCAUAGUACAAGUUGUUCACAUAAUCUUGAGCUGUUUUAGAACAAAUUCUCAAAGUUUGUUUUGAAAGGAAAUAUAAGAAUUAGUGUACCCAAACUGAAAAUCCAACAGUAUACAUACGAAUGCAUAGGGACGAGGAUCUCGCGGGCGGCUCCGAGAGCUGGCACGAUAUCUCGUGCACGAUAUGCGAGAGUGACGACCGGCACGUUGAAGCGGCGGCCCACUGCAAGGAGUGCCGGAUGUGGCUAUGUGAUCGCUGCCUUAAGCUCCAUAACCGCUUCCCAGCCAUACGGAACCAUCACAUUGAAAGCGUGAACCGAUCAGCAAACGGCAACGGCGAAACAGCGGCGAUCAUUAGAGGUCCAUCAAACUUCAAAUUCGUCUAUCAUGCUUCAGUGCACUUUUCAACUGACGUCAAAAACAGAGAAAUCAGUCGCAAUGACAACGCGUCUAACCUCAAGUCACGUUUUGAAAUCCACGAGCAACGUGCACGAGCGAUCGAGGCGUGUCGGAAGCGCGCGGACCAGAAGGAAGAGUUAACGUUGCAGGCGCUCCUGCUACUUCCCCUCGACAUUUCGGCAGCUCCCCAAUCAACAGACCUUCUUCCGGUUUACAGAACUGGAGAGGUGCAGCUUACCCUUAAAGGAGAAAAAGGUCUCUUCAAAUACGGGUCAGGCGUCUAUGAUUUGGAAAAAUUCAACCAGAUUGUAACGCCAAGAAUUGCUGAGUUCAGGAAGUAUUCUACCACAAUCAACCUACACGAGGGUAUCGGUCACUUCUACUCGACACCACGCCCAAACUACGGUUAUGUCAUCUACUCCGCACGGGACAGUGGCGUCACAAAGCACGAUCUUGAAAAGGUCUUGAACGCCUGUCAUGUUGCUGACGUCAAAGAUCGCGAGCGUCACUACGUGUUACGUCAAAUGCGGGAUGAAAUAUAUGAUUUGUUGAACGGGGAUGAGGGAUAUGCAAUCAACGUUCAUUUCCGCAAAUUGUUGUUACGUUGGUUAGCAAACAUUCCAAAACAUUUGAAUGAGCAGACAAUAUGUGGUGGGGACCUGAAUGAUGUACCGUUUCCUAUUCCUGAUGACAUCCGAAGAGACGUAAGCGUUUUGCGUGACUGGGAAUAUUCGUACGUUUUCAAAAAUCGGGAAGACUGGAACGAUGACGUCACCGUCCCUGCUUCAGGUGCGUGGAAACGAAUUGACGACGAUGAUGAUGAUUAUUAUGAUGAUAAUGAUGAUAAUGUACAUGAGUCGUUUGUAACGCUGUGUGCUAAACAUCAUGAACGGACAAAUAAGCCAAAUUUUGACACUGGAGUAGAUGGUGACGUUGCUUGGAAGGAAACCGAAUGUGACGUCAUAAAGAAUGACGUCACAACGGCUAAACAGGAAUUAACGCUUGCUAAACGCGCUGAACGAGGUCAGGUGACCGAGAAAGCUAUGGUAAAAGCUCGAAAACGUCUUAGGAAUUUUUUAUGUCGAAACUGCCCUAAUAAGAAAACAUUGUACAUUCAGCACUGUGAAACAUUUGUAGCGAACUUGAAAGAGAGUUGGCAGUGUUUCCAGUUACUUCAUUAUUCCAGUUGACACUUUGGACAGCAAUAACACUUGAUGCAUAUAACAAUAUAACGUUUAAUGUGGCUAAUUUUAAAUUAUUGCACAUCUUCAGUGAAUGUAAAGGUGUGAAAACGACAUGACCAUUCACUAAGUACUUAAUGAGUGAAUGAUACAUUUCUCACUACCAACGGAUGUUUGGUAGUUGUUUCGAUAUUUUCGAAUGUUAUUGGGUGUUACUGGUUACUAGCGCCCCAUCCUCAGUUGUUCUAAACCACAUUCAUUAUUGAUAUGAAAAAUCGC